ACUGCAGGCUCCCGACCCACGUGCUCAGAUCCCUGAACCAGGAAGAGCCAAGACAAGCCUUUCCGUUUAAAGUGGUUGUUCAAAGUGCCCUUUGCUCAGGUUUCCCAGCUUACAGCGGCAGGUGGGUGGCAUGGGGAAGUCUUGAGAUAAGGGCAUCAGGAAAUGCUUAUCCCUCCCUCCCUCAUCAGGCCGCCGCAUCACCUUCCUCCUGAUUCUCUGAGGCAUGGAGCAACCAGGAAUCCCUUGGGUUGCAUUUGUUUCCCAUCAGGCAUUUCUCUAGCUCAGAGUUAACAGUUGAGUGGCUAUAAAGGAACGGAGAUCUACACUUCAGUGGCAAGUAUGCCGGACAACCCUUUUUUUUUGGAGGGGUGACAGGCUGCAGAAUUGCAAAAAAUGCAUGAUGAGACACCAGGCAGUGUGUUGAAGUCAGAGGACACUGUGAGGUCCCUCCCUUCCUUCCCCCUCGUGCAUCCUGGGGAUCAAACUCCAGACUCUUUUCUUGGCAGCAAGUGCCUCCCGCACUGAGCCAUCUCACCAGCCCUUCUGUGAAUUCCAAAAGUAAUACAUCCUGGAACAUUGCUUUCUUAGUGAACACGAGGCCUGCUAAGUGUAAAAAACAGAUGUAUGUGCUCUCAAGGAUAUUAGCAAUUACUGCGCGUUUUAAAAAGUCUUUCCUGCUUUAAAAGAAACACAGUUUAACAGAGUGAAUGAGGGAAGGGAACUGGACUUGAAAGGCUAAUAGCAAAUGGGUGUGAACUAGUUAAAAGAGGAUGAAAGCUUUUACCUUAGUUAAAGUAGUUGCAUCACUCAGACCUGUUUGCAAGUGAAAGAACACAAAGGCCGAGCACUGCAUUCCCCUGGGAGACUACCUGCAUUGUAAAUGUAUAUUAAGACGCUACAAUCAUGUGUUCCUAUAUGAUCUUAUCCAUGCAGUGGGAGUAAAACACUUCUAUAAGCUUUGGAAUUAACUUUAUUGACAUGCCUCUCUGGCUUUUUCAAUUUCAGAUGACCCUCUAAUUUCAGGGGUUUGGUGAGGUACAGAGCCAUGAAUGGCGUUCAUAUAUACUUAACGUUUACUACAUACAAGGAGCUUAAGUCAGCUAGCUGUUGUAGUUUGUAUUUUCUUAAAGAAUGGGAGGGGACAGGUAAGAUGUUUGGCUUGAGAACUUUGAGCCACUUGCCACAGUGAGUGUUGAAGAAGAGGAGAGGGCGAACUUCAGAAGGACUGUAGGCACAGGUGAGGAGUUUAAAGGGGAAUUUGACCAAAUGUUUCCCCUCCCUCGGUGUGUGUGUGUGUGUGUGUGUGUGUGUGUGUGUACAUACAUACGUGCACAUGUGCCAGGAUUGAACAGAGCUGGAAACAUUCUAGGUAAGAGCUCUACCAUACAGCUAUCCCCAGGGCAACAUCUUGGUGUGUUUGCUUGUGAUAUGGGGUAGAACCCAGGCCUUACCCAGACUUACACAGGCCAGUGUUCCGCCAGUUAGCUACACUGCAUUCCUAGCUCUUCUGUUGUAGAUUUUAUUCUUCCCUCUCUCUCUCUCUCUCUCUCUCUCUCUCUCUCUCUCCUUCUUUGCCUCCCUCCCUCCCUCUCUUUCUUUCUUCAUUCAUUUAUUUGAGACAGGGAUUCUCUGUGUAGCCUUGGCUGUCCUAGACUCACUCUGUAGACCAGGCUGGCCUCAAACUCACAGGGACCCGUCUGCCUCUGCCUCCCUGAGUGCUGGGAUCACAGGCAUGCACCAGCAUACACGGUCUCUCUCUCUCUCUCUCUCUCUCUCUCUCUCUCUCUCUCUCUCUCUCUCUCUCAGGCAGUUUCCCUAUGUAGAUCAGGCUGGCUAGGUAGCCUAAAUUGGCCAUGGAAUUACUAAGUGUCUUCAGCUUCUGCCCUUUUGAGUGCUAGGAUUAAAGGUGUAUACUGCCAAGCCUGGCAGCAUUUUAUUUUAUCUUUAAGGCAGGACUACAAGAAUCAGAAUUUGAGAUUCCAGAGGUUUUAAUUUUUUUUUUUUUUUUUUUACUACAUUUGUGUGCGUGCAUGCAGGUGCACUUACUGGUGUGUGUAAGGGUCAGAGACAACUUGUGUGAUGCAGUCUCCUUCCACCAUGCAGGCCUCAGGGAUUGCACUCAGGCUGUCAGGCAUAGUGGCUGGUGCUUUCCACACUGGCCAUCUCCACGGCCAGAGUUUUGGAACUACCUGUUUAAAUGCCUCUUGUUUGGUGGAACUGAGAAGAAAGGGCAGGGUCAGUGAGACGGUACCCAUUGGAGUACUACCACAGUUAAGCCUUCAGAGGUCUGAGGAGAGGGCCGAGCUGAUGAGACUGAAAUUGGCUGCAUGAGAUUCAGUUUCUUUAAGAGAGAGCAGGCAGGCGGUAGAGAAUCCCACCCAAGCACAUGGAGCCCAGUUGUGGUCAGUCCCCAGUCCCCAAGCCCACCCUGUUGGAUUAGCACCAGCCUGGCUUUUCCUGACAGUCAUGGGAGAAGGGUUCUUAUUUCUUCUGGCCCAGCUCACCUCACACUCUCACGCAGGCAGCAUCACCCCUGAACACUCCCUCCCUACCUGCCCUGGACCGCCUUUCUCAGGGCUGCUGCUUGCUGCCAGAUCUUCUACCAUAAAGGGCUGAGUUUUCAAUGAGCUGUUAUGUGCUUUCUUGGGCCAGGGCCAGCGGGGUUUUCUUCUCGUCUGCUCUACUCCCAGGCUCCUGGGACUAGUCACACCUGCAGUUCCCUAGGUUCCCUACUCAGUUUCUUUAUUUCAAUUCCUGGUGUCUCUUCCUGUCCAAAGCCACUCUUCCAGGUGAGUGCCUGUUCAGAGAAUAGUUGUGUUUCCACAGCACCUCUGCAAAUCCUUAGGAAUCCCACAAACUGAUUUUCUGGCUUGCUUAUCAAGGUGGAGAGGUAGGCUUACUUUACAUUCCCGUGUUUCCAAGGGUAUGUUAGUACCCCAUCUAAAUGGAUACGCCCAUUGGUGAUAGUAACAGCUGUUUGUGUGCUGGGUUCUAAGUUCUCACAGCUGCCCGAGAUGGAUAUGGUGUCACCAGUCUUGCAGAAAAUAAAAUGAAGGCCUCCAGAUCACACAGGCACGCCGAGAUCAUAUAGCUGGCAGAGGCAGGGCUGCAGGGGGCCAGACCCCAGGGCUGUACAGCACUCUCUGCUCUGCUCACACCUCUCUGGCUUUGUUACUGCUUUUGAGACACACGGCUGCUCUAGGUCUGACGCAUGUGCUCAUGAGUCAGGAUGGAGCCCACGUAGAUCCCAGUAUUCCUAGCAUAGUUCUGGCAUACAGUAGACCUCCAUUCAUGUGAGGCUUGCUGGGUGAGACUUCAUUCCACUGUGCCUACUAAAUAAGGAUGAUAGACUUUUCUAUUAGCUCUUCAUAGGCAUUCCACACAUUAAUGCUUCAUUCCUAUACUCGUUUGGUAAGUAUUCAUUCUAAGUGGCGGGGGACAUAGCUCCCUGAGGGAGUUAAGUUUGAAGGUUCUGAUCUCUUUGAAGAUGGGUUGUCGGACACCUAACUCUGAGCUGUGAGAACUGGUUCUGAGUAGCACAUUGGGACACAAUUUAGGACUUUAUAACUGAUGGUCUCAGUGCCUUUAGCACCUCAGGCAGGUGGGCCUUUGUCAGUCAGGAAGAAAGAGGUCACUUUAGCUAGUUGACUCUGCAGUCAGCGUCAAGCUAUGUUACCCUCUUAUCUCUAACACAGAUCCGUAUGGUAAUAUAUGCACUUAAGAACACUUCUGUUAAGAUUUAGGGUGUAGCUCAGUGGUAGAGGGACUGCUUCACAUGCUCAAGCCCGGGCUCCAGUCCAUAACUACCAGAAAAUGUAUGCCAACAAAUAAAUAUUUUUCCAUAACUGAAAAAAAGGAAAGAAAAAAAAAGUAACAGGUUUUAAGGUAGAAUGGAAUGCCCAGUAGACUGACUUUGCAAAUGAGGAGACUCAAAACUCCUAGAGAGAAAAUUAAGUGGCAAUUAAGAAAGCAUUUUUUUUUAAGAUGUCCACAUUUAUACGUGUACAUGUGUGUGUGAGUACAGGGGCCUGAGGACCACAGAGGCAUCAGCUCUGCAGCAGGAGUUAUAGAUACAAGUCCUCUGACGUGGGUUCUAGGAACCAAGGGUUCUCUGCAAGAGCCGUCUCUGUGGCCCUUCAGAGCAGGUAUUUGAUUUGAAACCAGGUCUGCUGGUUUCUGCAUUCUCCAACAGACAGCCAGUGUUCCACCUCUUGUGUUGACCAGAAUGAUGCUUUUCUUGGCGUGUCUGACCUCCAGAGUAUGUGGGUUGUAAUUGGUUUUGAAAGUGUCAAGAAGUACAUACUGUUACCACAAAGGAAGGGUAGAGGUUUAAAUAUUCUAAAAUACUUCACUGUCUAGAUGCAAGUUAUUUAGUGUGACUUGAUCUUCAUUUUAUCUUGUUUCAUGAGUGCACGGCUGCCUUGUGCCUGGGUGUGUACAGCUCAUUGGCUGUGUGGUUGACAGCUGUAAGGAAGGCCGUGGGUUUGAUCUCCAGCACCGACCGUACAAUAGUAUAAUCCAUUUUAUGUGUAAGAGAAGUUACUCAACCUCUCUUUGGCUACGGUACUUUAGAGUCUGCCAUGAGAAAAAACACCUUUCUGUGCAAACCCAGACACUCUGGAUCUGCUUUGGAAUAGCUGUCAGAUGGGUUUACUCUUCAGGGUUCUCAGCAUACUUUUUUUUGGUUGAAACCUUAGUGGUUUCUUUCAAUUUCUUACUGCAGUUUUUCUUCCUGCACCAAUACAUUUGUUACAGAAGAAUAUGCUUGUGUUUAUUCUUCUCUGACAGUUUAACCUUUGAAAUGUAUUAUUCUCCCUUCCUCCUAUUUAUUUUUGAGUCAGGCUGUCUUUGAAGCUGAUCCUCCUGCCUCCACCUCCCAAGUGCUAGGAUUAUAGGUGUGCACUUGCCUGGUGCUGAGGAUCCCUCAGACCCAGGGCUUUGUGCAUAUUGGGCAAGUGUAAAUUACUACUACUUUGUAUGUAAAAGUAUCUUUGAGACAGCCAGACAUUGUACCAUAUACCUUUAUUCCCAGCACUUGGAAGGCAGAGGCAGGUGGAUGUCUGUGAAUUCGGGGCCAGCCUUGUCUAUAAAGUGAGUCCAGGAUAGCCAGGGCUCUGUUACACAGAAGCCCUGUCUCGGGUUGGGGAUGUAUAUCUAUUUGAGGUACUUUGGAACAUAGUAAGUACUUGCUCAGUAGUUAAAACCCCACUGAUUGAUUUUAUAAUCUUUUUUAAAAUUUUAUUUAAUUUUAUUCUCUAUACCUUGGUAUGAAGGUGUCAGAAUCCAUGGAGCUAGAGUUAUAGACAGUUGUAAGCUGCCACGUGGGUGCCAGGAAUUGAACCUGGGACCUUUGGAAGACCAGCAGCUGCUCUUAAUCACUGAGCCAUCUCUCCAGCCCCUAUAAUCUUACUUUUGUACUUUGAGUACUUUUAUAAUUCCAUUUUACAGAUGAGGCACAGCCGUGGCUUGAAGGUGUAGCAGCCUGUCUAAGCCAGUGCCAGGUAGAUGAAGACUGGGACACAGGCUUUCCUCCAGUCUGUUGUAAAUUUUAAAUUAGGGAUGUGUCUGCAUCUGUGAUGGUGUGAAUGUCUCCCAUGUAUGUGCAGGUGCCUGCAAAGGCCAGAAGAGGUUGGAUCCCCUGAGGUAUAGUUUCAGGGAGUUGUGAGACUCAGUCCUCCUGAAGAGCUGCAAGUGCUCUUAUUCUCUGAACCAUGUCUUUUAGUUAUUCCAGCACAUUAAAAAUUAAAAUUAUGGUAUGUGUAUGGUAUAUGUGUAGACUUAAGUACUAUGUCUGUAUGUUGAGUUCAGAGGGCAGUGCAUGUGCAGGCAAGAGCACCAUGGUCCGUGUGUGGAGCUCAGAGGACAAAUUUGUUGGAUUGGUUCUUUUUUCUCACUUUCAGUGGUUUGCCUUUUAAAGAUUUAUUUUUAAGUAUGUGUGUGUACAUGGUUACCAAUGGAGGCUAGAUGAAGGUGUUAGAACUGGAGUUAUAGGCAAGGGAUGCUGGGAACCAAACCUGUGUUCUCUGGAAGUGCUGGGAAGACUCUUGAAGGGUGAGCUAUAUUUUAUGUGGUUUUUCUCUUUCCUCCCUUUUGAGACAUGUCUCUAGACAGGAUGGCUUGAACUCUUAAGGGCUAGAACUAUGAUUCAGCAUCAAAGAGCCCUUAUUCCUUGGGAAGUAGGGAAUCUGAUGCCCUCUUCUGACCUCAGAUACCAGGCAUGCUUGUGGUGCACAUACAUACAUGCAAAAUGCUUACAUGUACAAAAUAACUUUUUAAUUAAGAAAAAAGUUUUGUUCUCUUUUCUUUUUUUUUUUUGAGAUAGAGUUUUUCUGUGUAGCUCUGUCUGUUCUGGAACUUCCUCUAGGGACCACACUGGCCUUGAACUCGUUCUCUCUGCCUCAGCCUCCCAAGUGCUGUCAUUAAAGGCUUGUGCUGAUACCAUGCCCAACCCCAGUAAUUCUGAGUUGCUCCUGGAUAAAAGAGAUUAUUGCAGUUGAAUAAGGACUUUGGAAUGAUUUAAUAUAAUUAUAGAUGUUAUUUUGAUCUUCACUGCAAGGAACUUUGAACAACCUCCCCCAAGCUUUAAGAAAAAGGGUCUCCUCAUAGUUGUUUGUGCCCGGACCUCAGCCACUGACCCCAGGCUGCGAAUUGGACAUGUGCCUGUUGGACUUAGAAACAAAAUAUUCCUUACGCCUUCCUUUGUUAUCUCGCUGUGCCCUGAUAACCCGUUGGGUCUCCAGUGAGCUGGCGUGUAGCUUUUCCAAAGCAUAUUAUUCAGCCAGCAGAUAGCACAGAUGGUGCUGAAAAUCUUCAUGGUUUGCUCCCGUGCCCAGGAUUCAGGGGUUGCCCCCCUGUAGAGGAUAAAAGCCUCUCUUUAGCCUUUGGCGGGUUUCCAGAGAAACGGCUCCCUUGCAGAACCCUGCCCACUGUUCUUCCACUUUGAGUGGAGACGCUUCUAAGAUCGCUUUUGUGUACGUCCCUCGUGGUGAGCGGGAAUUAGCAUGGACUUCCGCUCAGGCAGAGGGCCGGUCCGGAGCUGGGGGCGUGGUCACGGAGUGAGGGGCGGGGCCUCUAGCGCAUGUGCAGAAAGCAGCGGUUCCAACGGUCUCCACCGCUGCCAUUGCCGUCGCAGCCACCGUUGGUUGCCCUCAGCUGUUACCUGCGCGCCACCAUCAUGUCUAAAGGACAAGGUUUCUUGACUGGAGGCAAGGAGAAAGGAGAGGAUCAGGUCAGGAGCCUGGCGUGGCGGUACCUGGUGAAGCAGGGGGAGGAGGAGGAGGUGCUGAAGAAGGAGGAUGAGGACUACGACGACGACGAGGAGGAAGGCCUGGACAGUGACUCUGAGGACCUGAGCCCCGGGGCCUCUGACAUGCACCCGGACCUCCUGGAGCUGGCGGUGGACCGCGAGAAGUGCCGCAGCAUCCGCAGGCAGUACCGGCAGCUCAUCUACACCGUGCAGCAGAACCGCGAGGACAUCGUGAACACAGCCAGCAACUCGCUGACCGAGGCCCUGGAGGAGGCCAACGUGCUGUUCGACGGAGUGAGCCGGACCAGAGAGGCAGCCCUCGAUGCCCAGUUCCUGGUUUUGGCCUCUGAUCUGGGUAAAGAAAAAGCAAAGCAGUUAAACUCGGAUAUGAGCUUUUUUAAUCACGUGGCGUUCUGUGACGCGCUGCUGGUGUUUGUGGGCCUGAACUGGGUGGAAGAAGAGUGUGGCGAGUUGAGCGAGUGCGACGAAAGCAUAGCGCGUUCCUUCUGGGGAACGCUGCAGAAGGAGGCCACGUCCUGGAUGCAGCGAGCCGAAACAUUCCACUUCAUUUUUGGUUCGUUCAAGGCAGAACGUUCUGCACGAAAGCCCCGGCUUGACCAUCACAAAAGAGCUUGCAAAAUGGAAGGAAAUGGAGAUAUGCCUACAAAGUUGAGGAAGCUGGACAUGCAUGCUAAUCAGGAGACCACAGAAAAAGAAGUAGAAAGAAUCUUGGGGUUGCUGCAGACCUACUUUCAAAAGUACCCUGAUACUCCAGUAUCGUAUUUUGAGUUUGUGAUUGAUCCAAACUCGUUUUCUCGCACUGUGGAGAAUAUCUUCUAUGUUUCUUUUAUCAUUAGAGAUGGCUUCGCAAGAAUAAGGCUUGACCAAGACAGACUGCCAAUUUUAGAGCCAACUAAUGUCAACCAAGUGGGUGAAGAAAAUGAUUCCUGUUCUUAUGGCAGGAAACAAGGGGUUAUAUCUUUGAGUUUGCAGGACUGGAAAAAUAUUGUCUCCACUUUUGAAAUUUCAGAGGCUAUGAUCAAAAACUCAUACUAAAGACUUUUGUUUGUAGUGUAUGACUUCUGUCUUGUACUAACUUUCUCAAAGUAGAAUCUAAACAGAAGCACAUAGUCUAGUAAACUGUUUUUGUGAGCAAA